AUGCCAUUUACUGUGCCCACCCGCUCUACAGCCCACGCCGAGGCGCUCUACAUACCACGCGCUCUACAGCCCACGCCGAGGCGCUCUACAGCCCAGGCCGAGGCGCUCUACAGCCCACGCCGAGGCGCUCUACAGCCCACGCCGAGGCGCUCUACAGCCCACGCCGAGGCGCUCUACAGCCCAAGCCUAGGCGCUCUACAGCCCACGCCGAGGCGCUCUACAGCCCACCCGCUCUACAGCCCACGUCGAGGCGCUCUACAUACCACGCCGAGGCGCUCUACAGCCCACGCCGAGGCGCUCUACAGCCCACGCCGAGGCGCUCUACAACCCAAGCCUAGGCGCUCUACAGCCCACGCCGAGGCGCUCUACAGCCCACCCGCUCUACAGCCCACGUCGAGGCGCUCUACAUACCACGCCGAGGCGCUCUACAUACCACGCGCUCUACAGCCCACGCCGAGGCGCUCUACAGCCCACGCGCUCUACAGCCCACGCCGAGGCGCUCUACAGCCCACGCGCUCUACAGCCCACGCCGAGGCGCUCUACAGCCCACGCCGAGGCGCUCUACAGCCCACGCCGAGGCGCUCUACAUACCACCCGCUCUACAGCCCACGCCGAGGCGCUCUACAGCCCAAGCCGAAGCGCUCUACAGCCCACGCCGAGGCGCUCUACAGCCCACGCCGAGGCGCUCUACAUACCACCCGCUCUACAGCCCUCGCCGAGGCGCUCUACAGCCCAAGCCGAGGCGCUCUACAGCCCACGCCGAGGCGCUCUACAUACCACGCGCUCUACAGCCCACGCCGAGGCGCUCUACAUACCACGCGCUCUACAGCCCACGCCGAGGCGCUCUACAGUCUCAUCUCUCCAACACCUCAGGUAGGAGGGACUGGUGGUUACCUAGCCACACAGUCGGCCCCAAUCCACCCCAUGGAGUCGGCCCCAACCCACCCCUGGAGUCGGCCCCAACCCAACCCACCCACCCCUGGAGUCGGCCCCACCCCACCCCACCCACCCCUGGAGUCGGCCCCACCCCACCCCACCCACCCCUGGAGUCGGCCCCACCCCACCCCACGCACCACUGGAGUCGGCCCCACCCCACCCACCCACCCACCCCUGGAGUCGGCCCCACCCCACCCCACGCACCCCUGGAGUCGGCCCCAACCCACCCCACGCACCCCUGGAGUCGGCCCCAACCCACCCCAACCACGCCUGGAGUCGGCCCCAACCCACCCCAACCACGCCUGGAGUCGGCCCCAACCCACCCCAACCACGCCUGGAGUCGGCCCCAACCCACCCCAACCACGCCUGGAGUCGGCCCCAACCCACCCCAACCACGCCUGGAGUCGGCCCCAACCCACCCCACCCACGCCUGGAGUCGGCCCCAACCCACCCCACCCACGCCUGGAGUCGGCCCCAACCCACCCCACCCACGCCUGGAGUCGGCCCCAACCCACCCCACCCACGCCUGGAGUCGGCCCCAACCCACCCCACCCACGCCUGGAGUCGGCCCCAACCCACCCCACCCACCCCUGGAGUCGGCCCCACCCCACGCACCACUGGAGUCGGCCCCAACCCACCACUGGAGUCGGCCCCAACCCACCACUGGAGUCGGCCCCACCCCACGCACCACUGGAGUCGGCCCCACCCCACCCACGCCUGGAGUCGGCCCAAACCCACCCACGCCUGGAGUCGGCCCCAACCCACCCCACCCACGCCUGGAGUCGGCCCCAACCCACCCCACCCACGCCUGGAGUCGGCCCCACCCCACGCACCCCUGGAGUCGGCCCCACCCCACCCCACGCACCCCUGGAGUCGGCCCCAACCCACACACGCCUGGAGUCGGCCCCAACCCACCCACGUCUGGAGUCGGCCCCACCCCACGCACCCCUGGAGUCGGCUUCAAAUCAGUGUAGAUGA